ACUCAAACCGCGACGCAGCAGCAGCGUGACUGAGUGCAGACUGUGUUCCUACAGAGAGGUGUUUACUGAGACCGGGAUAAACAGAGAAAGAGACAUAGACAGAGAGAAAUAUGAAGGAAACUCCGCUCUCAGCCUGCGAGAGAACCUUUCUUCUGAAAGCUGUGGAGGAGAAGAAGCGCCUGGAUGGAAGGCAGACAUACGACUACCGCAACAUAAGAAUCACAUUUGGUACAGAUUAUGGCUGCUGUACGGUCAGUCUCGGCAAAACCAGGGUGUUGGCUCAGGUAUCAUGUGAGCUUGUGCCACCCAAAGAUUCACGUCCCACAGAGGGAAUCGUGUUCUUUAACCUGGAGCUGUCCCCCAUGGCAUCACCUGCGUUUCAGCCCAACAGGCAGUCUGAGUUGUUGGUGACUUUGAACAGACAGCUGGAGAGAUGUCUGAGGAACUCAAAGUGUAUAGACACGGAGUCUCUGUGUGUUGUAUCAGGAGAAAAGGUGUGGCAGAUCCGGGUGGAUGUUCAUGUUCUGAAUCAUGAUGGCAACUUGAUGGAUGCAGCGAGCAUCGCUGCCAUAUCCGCCCUGAGUCACUUCAGACGGCCAGACGUGGCCAUUCAGGGUCGAGACAUCACCAUAUUCAGUCCAGAAGAGAGGGAUCCUGUUGCACUGAGUAUUUACCACAUGCCCAUUUGUGUAAGCUUUGCUUUCUUCCAGCAGGGCACGUAUUUGCUGGUGGAUCCAUGUGAAAAAGAGGAGCAGGUCACUGAUGGCCUUUUAGUCAUAGCCAUGAAUAAACACAGGGAGAUCUGCUCCAUUCAGUCCAGCGGAGGCAUCAUGCUGCUCAAAGACCAGGUCCUGAGAUGCAGUAAAAUAGCCAGUGUGAAAGUUUCCGAGAUCACAGACCUCAUCAACAAAGCGCUGGAAAAUGACAAACGAGUCAGGAAGGAGGGCGGCAGGUUCGGUUUCGCCGAGUCCAUGCCUAAAGAGCGAAUCACAGCCCUGAAAAGAGACGAAGCUCCUGUGGAGAUGACUGGCGUCCAAGAGAUGGCAGAGGAAUUCCUAAGCAAAGGGGAAGCUGCUCCGGAAGUUGUCUCCUCCCCUGUUAUUGUUGCCACGGGAACUGGACAGUUGGGUGAGGGGGUCCAGAGCACUUGGGGUCUGGAGGAGGAAGACGAGGAAGAUGAGUGUCAAGGAGAGAUGGACAAAGAAGAGAAAAAGAAGAAGAAAGCAGAGAAAGAUGAAGUGAUGGUCAUUUCGGACAGUGAGGAAGAAGAAGUUGUGGUUCUUAAUCCAGAAGCCCCGAAAUCCAAAGGCAAGCGACCCAAACACUGACGAGGAAACGGAUGAAUUUGAAGAAUGGCAGCAUGCAAUAAUGUCAUCAAAUUGUUCACUGUCUUAAAUAAAUGUAUGUUAAAUAAAUGUAUCAUUUUUUUAAAAAAUA